ACGCUGUGUUUAGUUUGCCAUUUCAGUGUAAGGUAGCUGAGGAAAAUCUGUUGUACUGAUCAUAUGGUGGCUUUUUAACGGUGCUUAUUGAGAUGCUAUUGUUCAGGAAUUAACCGGGUUUUACGUGACAAAAGUAUCUGAUUUUAUCGAAAACGGAAUAGAGGCACUUUUUUUACUACAUAUGGAUCCAUUUUUAGUCAAAAAAGAGAGUGGGCCGAUUCCCGACCUUACGCGGCUCCCUCCUUUAUCUUAUCACACUUUUUCUAUGGUUCUGCUUUUUACUUUUAGGUGAUGUAAAAUUAGGAGUACCACAAACAAAACACGAGCAGCAGUGAUCCAAGAAAUAGAAAAACGUGUACAACAUGAAACAAGCGCACAAGUCUAUCGAGAUUUAAUAUGUACACCAGAAGGCGUUUCGACAAUUCACAACAAACGUCAAGUUCAGUAUCGCCGACAAAAACAGCUAAAUCAAUUGAAAUUAACACACGAUGAAAUGCAACUGAAUAUAAUAGAUUGCGAAGAUGUUUUCUCGAUUGUUGAUACGAAUGAAAAAUUAUCACAAUUACCGGAUCCAGGAUUUGAAUCGUACCCGGCAAUCGUACUCGCCUAUAUGCAAGAAGUGGAACAACAAGUGGAAGAAUUACAAGAGCAAAAUUCCACAGAAGAUGAUCCAACGAUCGAAGAAGAUGAACUGGCAGAUGAAGAGAUCGACGAAGAAAUUUCUGAUCUGCUAGCCGCCGAGCUAACAGCACCACCACACGCACAUACUUGCAUCAACAAUGAACAUGAUUAUGCUCAACAAUCUCCAGAUCAGGCAUGCAACCAUCCUAAGCUAGGGCUCGCUGAUCGGCAGCGAACAGUUUCAGCAGCGAACCGUUCGGUGAAUGAACAUGUUCGGUUGCGAACGGUCGGGAUGUUACAAGCCCAAGCGACUGAACUUGGCAAGGCCGAGCUUGGAUGGUGGCUUGGGCUUGGCUUGGGCUCGGGCUUGGAAAGUCGGGCUUGGCUCGGGCUUGAGAAAAAUAUAAAAAUGUCCUCAUUAGAGAGUGAUAGUCACUUAUUAUUAGCUGCUAUUGGUUCUCGUACUCUGUUAAACAUUGUCUGUAAAGUUGUAUUUCGUCUAUUACAUUUUUUUCUCAACGGUUUUGUUCUUCGUUAUGUUACACGUACAAUUAUUGGCAUUGCCAAUGUUCGUUUACAAUUGUUAUACACCACCAUUUUAUUUUUAUCACGUGAAUCAUUUCGUCGAUCAGUACCAAGAAUUCAAUCACUUUCAGCUCUUCAUUGUUAUAUUAAUCUAAUUUGGCUCAUUAUUCCAACCGGUUCUCUAAUUAUCCUCAUUGCACUCCCGUUGACACUCUAUUUUCAUACAGCUGAUGCUGAAAAUGCUAAUUAUUACUCGCAAGCAUGUUACAUGUAUGCUCUGGCAGCAUUCAUUGAAUUACUGUCAGAGCCACUACAUUUGCUGUCAACAGUGGCUAGACAGUAUACAAUUAAUAUUUAUAUCGAAAUGAUAGCGUCUACUAUUGGUAUUUGGAUGAAAUUACUUACUGAAGGUGAACGAUAUAUAAUGACAUGGACAGAAUUACUUACUUAUUCUCAACAAGGCAUUUUUGAUGUUAUAAAUAAUUUGGGUUCACUUAUACCGCGGCUUAUUUUCUCAACAUUAGAAGACAGCGCUUAUACAUAUUUUAAACAAACAUUAUCAAGAAAUAGAGCCCAAGAGCCACAACAAGGAAAAGAAGAAGCGAAAAGUGGUGAUGAAGGUGAUAGUAGUGAACAAGAAUUAUCAAGAGAACAAACGCCAGAACAGGAACCGAUGAUAUCACAGACAGAAAAUCGUACUGUUAUCUUGAAUGCUUUUCAAUUUUAUACAUAUUUGUUACGUUUUGUCACUGUUAUAUCAUUGAUUGUUCUUAUAUUUGGUGUACCUUACUCAAGUCUACUCCUACAGUUGUAUGGUGGUCAAACAUUGCUUGCAGAACCGGGUCCAACAUUGAUGCGUUUAUAUUGUUUAUAUAUUCUAUUCUUAGCUAUUAAUGGUAUUACUGAAGCAUUUUCGCAAGCAACAAUGUCAUUGAAACAAUUAAAUUAUUACAAACGGUUGAUGACAGGCUUCACGCUUAUUUAUUUAACAGCAUUUUACCUAUUUACACGAUGGUACGGUAUCUAUGGUAUUGUUCUCUCCAAUUGUUUGAACAUGUUUAUUCGAAUUGUAACAAACACACAUUAUAUUCGACAGUAUUUUUUUCAUUUUCCAACUUCAUUUUUUGGCAUGGGUAUAUUACAUAGCGUUAGUUCUCGUUGUCCAUUAAUUGUUCGUAAUGAAAAUGAUCAACAUUUAUUACCACAAUGUUCUCUCUGUUUAAAAACAUCUUAUCGUCAAUGUCCACAUAAUUUUUGUUUCUGUUUUGAACAUCUUAUUGAACAUCAACAACAAAUAGUUGAAAAAUUUAAAUAUGAUGUAAAUAAAUUUAAACAAUUACUUAAUGAUGAAAUUUAUUAUAUUUGUAAACGUCAACAACAUUUACAUAAAAAAAUUGAUGAAUGGAAAAUACGUAAAAUGAAUUCAUGUCAACAUGUGGAAAAAAUUAAUGUAAUACAUGAUAAAAUUUCACAAGAUAUUGAUAGAACUUAUGAAAAUAUUAUAAAUGAUUUAGAAAAUCUGAGAGAAGAUUAUAAAAAAUAUAUUGAAGAAAAAUUAUAUUCAAUUGAUUAUUGUUAUCAGAUAGAAUUGAAUGAUGCACUAAAGUAUUUACAAAAAUUAAAUGGAAAAUUAGAGGAAAUAAAAUUGUUACGACAAAGAAUUAAAUUAAUGAGAGAUCAUGCCUCAGGUAUAAUUGAAUUAGUUCAACAAAAAGAAUCUUGUGUUGAUGAUAUUGAAGACAUAUUUUCUUCUUAUAUUUGUGUUAAACAAUAUCCUUUAAGAACGAAUCUCAUUCAAUCAUGUGCAAUUGAUCUUACACCAUCAUUGGAUCAAGUUUUACUUGCUGAUAAUUCACAAUUAAAAUUCUAUGAUAAAAACAAACAUGAUGUCAUAUUUUCCAUUGAUUGUCAUUGUCUUACUCCACAAGGAUAUGUUAGACAAAUUGAAUGGGCAUCUUAUUUACAGAAAUUUUUAAUUUUAACAUCACAAUCUUUAUUUACAUUCGAUUGUGAAACGUUAAAAUUAAUAAAAAUUAAAUCAAUUUCUAAGAAUAGAGGUAUGUCUUAUAUGACAAAUUGUAAUUCAACUUUAUUACUUAAUCUUAACGAUGGUGAAUAUAUUCAACAUUGGUCAAUAUCUCAUCGUCCAUUUUAUCUACUCAAACAAUGGUCAAUGAAUACAAAAAAUAUUAUUCUUGAUGUUUAUUUAUAUUCUCCAAAUUCACUUGUCAUGAAUAUUCUUGAUGUAUCAUCAAAUUAUAAAUGUGAAAUUGAUUUUUUUGAUUUAUAUACAAUGUCCCGUCUACAUUGUAUUUCAAAUGAUAAAUUUCCAAUAUGUUUUGAAAUGAAAUUGUUACAUCAACAACAAUGGUUAAUGAAAAGUGAUCAUCAUUAUUUUUUGUAUAAUGAAGAUCGAAAUGAAAUGGAACAAAUUGAAAAUAAUAUUGAUCCAAAUUAUAUGAAGAUUUUAAAAUUAACUCAACAUGAAUAUGUUGUGUUAAAAUGUCAAGAUGACAUGACAACAUUAGAAUUUUAUAGACCGUAUUUUUAA